UGGAGUCGCGGUGUCUUGCGGAGAAUGCAGCAGCAGCGGCACCAGCGAUAUCACAGAACCAGGGUCGCCGUGCAGCACCAGCAGCGACGAGGGGGUAGCCGCGGUACGCGGCACAUCCGCCAGUCCGUUGCCGUCUCUACCCAAGCUGGCGCCGUCGUCGCAGCUCGGUACCAGGCCCCAAUGGCCCUGGACCCCACCGUUGGCGGCGACCGCCUGCUCCACCACCGCAUUCAAGAGGCUGAGGGGCGAACCUGAGGCUGGCGCUCUCCCGCGCUCCGGCGCCGCCGAUCCCACCUCCAGGGGGGCCGUCAAGGGGAACGGAAAGAUCACGGGCGGCCAACACCACCACGAGUCCCAGGGCAAGAUCACGGAGUACUUUAAGACGCAGAUUAAGCCGCAGCAGCCGAAGAUAAAGAAAACGAACGAAAUGGUGCUGGUAGCGAAGAGCUCGUCGGAAUUUCGAAGGCCACCCGUGGUGCAGAGGAACAAGGGCGGCCUUGCUAAAUACUUGGGCACCGUGUCGCCCAAUGCGAACCAGAAUACUAUGACCAACGAGCCCUGGGAAGUGAGGACGUUGACGUCGACAAACACGAAAAAGGUACCGGUGGUCAUCGUGCCGAGGGCCAACGGUAAGAUAGACAAGAAGCUGCCGAAGUCGCUGCCAAUUCUGCCAAUCUCGAACGACGUGCUGAAAAAUCUGCCCAAGAUCUCACCUCUUAGGUUAACUUCGGACGCGAGUAUUAAUUCGACUAAGGGCAACUCCCCGCCGGCUACUGCCGCCUCGCCACUACUGGACGAACCGUUGGACUUCAAGGCAAUCUUGGCGGCGAAGCCGCAUGUGAAUGAGAACAACAACCUGACGAACAGCUGUGGAGGUAUCCUGGGUGCGUUAAGGUCGCAGAGCGGCCACGACUCUCCCAUUUCGAGGCUAUUCUCGCCGUCGAAGGAGGACAGUAAGGGCGAGGAUGGCCAAUCGGCGCCAGUCGACGAAGACGAUGUAGAUGAGGAGGACUCCCGAGGCAGCGAAUCGAAACCGUCGCCUAUCCUCUCAGCACCUACUACCAUUCGGUUUCCGGCACGAGCGCCCGAGAAGGAUAGACCGCAGGCUACUGACAGCGGGAUUUGUCGUUGGGAUAAGUGCGAAGCCAGCUUCGAGUCUGUGGGUGGUCUUUUAGAGCAUCUACAGGCUGCACACAUCAACACGCAAACUGGCGGCGACAAUUUCGUCUGUCAUUGGCAGGGAUGCAAGGUGCAAGGUAGGACGUCAUGUUCCCGGCGAUGGUUAGAGAGACACGUUCUGUCUCACGGCGGUAACAAACCCUUUCGAUGCAUCGUCGACGGUUGCGGUUGCAGAUUUAGCUCCCAGACCGCCCUCGAGAGGCACGUGAAUGGUCACUUCAAUCAGUCGGAAACGAGCAGCAGUAACGGGAGACGUAGUUGCGAGAAUGGCGGCAAGCUCGUUAGAAGAAAUGGCAAGAAGCUUAGAUAUAGGCGGCAACCUUGGUCAGCGAGACUUUUUGAUUACUUUGACUCGGGAAUAAUGGAGGGUCUCCAGCACAGGCUACUGGAACUAGCGACAUCGAGGACGCAAGGGCGACUAGCUGAGACGCCAGGAAACUCGAUGGUACUAACUAGUCAAGUUUUAGCGAGAAGAGUCGAAUUGGACGGGAAGAGGAAGGUAUUACUGCGGUGGUAUCCUCAAGAUAUAGAACCGGACGAAUGGGUAUUAGAAUCCGAAGUACAAAGUACGAAACACGUAGGUAUUCGCAAAGCGGCUGCUAGUAACCCGGAACAAGUGAGUUUAGCUCUCUAUCCCGCGAUAAGCGGUCGCGCACCGCCGACGGCGCGAGCGAAGCAGCGCCGGAAGCCGGUAAAGGACUCGUGAUAAUGUCGGCCAAUCGGCAUACCAGAACUGACCUAACGAGCGCCGACACCUGAACCAGAGAAGAAGAACAGAGUGCUGCCGUUGACACGAGAGCACGACACAGUCUAUAACGCUUCCUGGUUGGUGAAGACGAGGGCCGCGACGGUGCGACCUGAAAUACCCGAACGUAUCGAAAGAGACGGAGGCCGCUUUAGAAGAUAAUUUAUCUGAAGAUGAACGACCAAUCCUUGUAGAUCGAUUAGGAAAUAAGAAUCGCAAUGUCGAAGGAAAUUGAGAGAUAAAUUCAGGAUGACUCGAGUAGCAGACAGUAGCGAUAAGAUCAAGGGACACGUCUGAAGGAUAAACAAAGGGGAACGCGAUUAUCCGUCCUCCGU